UAUUAAAGACGCGCCCUCCAUCCACGCGCUCACUGAUCGCACCCAUGCACGGAGCUUCACACCUCUGCAGCGCGCACUGAGCUCACAGCACCGGAUCCAUCCAUCGCUCUGAGAGCAGCAUGAUGCUCGUGGUCGUGAUAUUGGCGGCGCUGCCCGCCUCCGCCGCUGAAACCCCGGACCCCCCACCCACGUUCAGUUACGAGGACUCAGCCAUCGGGCGCGUGUUCAGGUGCAGUCUCUGCCGUCCGGGCAGGCACAUGAGAGCGCCGUGCACGCGCAGCGAGCCUACAAAGUGUCUCCCGUGUCCGAGCGGCCAAUACACUCAGUACUGGAACUACCUGCACCGCUGCCUGCCCUGCCGCGCGCCCUGCGAGCACAACCAGCGCGAGCGGCACGAGUGCACGCCCACCUCAGACCGAGAGUGCGAGUGCGCGCCCGGUCACUACUGGCGCGCGGAUCAGUGCGUGAGGCACACGCGCUGCGCCCCAGGGUUUGGCGUCAAACGGACUGGCACCACACACACAGACACAGAGUGUGAUAGAUGCCCGCCAGGGACGUUCUCUGAGGGUAACUCUGUGUGCAAACCACACACAGGCUGCAGCGACUCACUGUUCAAGGUCUUUCGGGGGACCAGCUGGCACGAUGAUAUGUGUGUGUCCUGCAAUCAGCUUAGAAAUGGAGAUGGCAUAGCUUUACUCCAAGGCAUUUUGCCCAUGUUCUUCACCCAAAAGCUGCGAAAUGGCAAACUGAAAAGGUUAGUCCGUUUGCUUGAAAUGCAGGAGAGGCAUCGGAGGUCAGGCUCCAACAAACGGGACGCGCUGUCUCGCUUGAAUGAAUGGACUAAAAGAGCUCAGGACCAUCAGCUUUGGGAGCUACCAGCGAAGCUGGAAAGUUUGCAGCACCACAACAUCGCAAAGAAACUGAGGAAGAUGUUAAAAGAUGUUCAGGGUUCCUCGUAUUGUACUGACAAAGAUGUAGAAAUGUCAGGUUAGUCACUGUGUUAGUAGAUUACUUACUAUAAAUGGUGUAUACAUUUUAUGAACAUAUAAAGGUCAUUACAUUUCAUUCAUGCAUACAGGUAAUAAAGCACUGGAGUCAUUUCUACUGCAACAAUAAAUAAGUGCAUAAAUAAGCUUUUUUUCAUGUAUUAUGUUUUGCCUACUGUUGGUCUUUAUGUUACUGUGUAUUGUGAAUUAAACUAGUCGUCUUCUUGUUCUUCA